AUGCUUGCUGUGGUUUCGUCGCCAGCGACGAGCAUAACGACGACAAAGAGUUCAGCAAAACAACCCCUAUUACCAGCGACUUCUUCUUCGAACAGAACGUUUGUACAAUCACCAUUCUGGUUCGGCGGUGCAGCAUCUUGUAUUGCUACCUUUGUCUCUCACCCGUUUGACCUCACUAAAGUUCGGUUACAGACUUUAAAAGUAGACGGUAUAUCGGUAUGGAAUGAAUUCAAAUUGCUAAGCCCUUCUCGCAUGUUUAAGACGAUGUGGACAAUAAGCAGAACAGAAGGAAUGACAGCAUUAUAUCAAGGCCUAUCAGCCAGUCUUUUACGACAAGGCACCUAUUCAACGAUACGAUUUGGGCUGUACGAUAAAUUCAAAUACGCAGUAGCUGGAGAUAAGAAACCCACACCACGUCAACUGAUCGUUUGUUCAACACUCGCAGGGGCUUUAGGAGGAGCCUUUGGCAACCCAAGUGAUGUCGUUAAUGUGAGGAUGCAGAAUGAUGGACAGUUGCCAGCCAGCCAAAGAAGAAAUUACAAAAAUGUCGUGGACGGCAUGAUAAGAAUUUGCCGAGAAGAAGGUCCUAGGGUCUUAUUGAGGGGUAUAGGGUCCAGUACGAAUCGAGCCAUUCUGAUCACUGUGUCACAAAUGUCGAGUUAUGACAUGAUCAAACAAGCGUUUAUAGACAAGUGCCAGUGGCGUGAUGGAUUGACAACCCAUUUUCUAUCGAGUUUACUGGCUGGGCUUGUGGCGACGACUGUAUGCUCACCUUUGGAUGUUGUGAAAACUAGAAUCAUGAGCGCACGGAAUCACGAUGGAAAGCAUCCGCUGAAAAUUAUGUCACAUAUGAUAAAAACGGAAGGUGCAGGUUCACUCUUCAGAGGAUGGAUGCCAGCCUUUGUGAGAUUAGGUCCACAUACCAUUGUCACUUUUAUUGCAUUAGAGCAGAUGAAAGAAUGGCAUAGAAAUUAUAAAAUGAAGCCAUUAGAAACGAUCCACCUUUAA